AUGUUAGGGGGCAACGUGAUUUGGUACCAGUAUGAUAUGGCUGAGCGCCAACAGGAGGAGAUGCAGCUGAGGACCCCAAUGAGGCAGCAGAGUUUCAUGCGUUCGUUCUGCAGGCGCUUUCUUCAGCGGCAGAAGGAACCUCUGCAGACGUUUGGGGCCGGCUUUGGCAACACGCCUUUGACCGACGCCUCAGAGCGUGCCAUUUCGCUGCAUGCGCAGUGCAGAUUUACGCAGCUUCUGGGCUUUGUUUGCCGGAAGGAGAUGGCGCGAUGUCGCGGGCUCUCCCUCUUUUCUGCAGCCCGCACUCUUUUUUCUAGCCCUCUGAAGAUUGCCAUCGUUGGCUCCGCGGGCGUCGGAAAAAAAGCUUUUGGUGAGACACUUUGUUGGGUCACAGGAGGGUGGCGGGGGACUGCUGCCGACGACGGGGUUUGUGCGCUACGAGAAGAUGGUGCGCCUGACGGCAGCGCGGCGGGGCACGCCAUGCUCCACACCUACGGCACGCCGGGUGAACCGUGCUUUGAGGAUUCGCGGCGGUUUAUUUGCUCCAACCGCCACGCGGCCGGUCUCUGA